GAGUGAUGGUCAACUUCAACUUGUGCCAAAACUUUUGGGGUUUUGCAAAACCUCCGCAAAAAUUUAGCUUUCCUUCCUCGCGAAAAAACCGCAAAAAUGGUCGAGAAUGCUCUUGUGGAGCGCACGUACCAGGCGCUCAUGGGUGUGGUUCAAACUACUGCUGUUAGCCGCAAAGUGCUGAUGAGACCUCCAUUCACGUUCCUACACAAACUACUGGUCGAAACGCUUGGCGAAUAUGAUAUCUUCUCAGAGCAGCAACUCCAGUUUUCUGCUAUGGUUACCAAGCAGGCAAAGGCUGCUUUCCUGACCCGAGCGAUCGCGUUUGUGUCCUUCGCGAUGAAUGCAAAGCCCAAUAGUCAACACAUUUCGUGUCUUCUACUCGUCAGUCCUGUUCAAGUUCUUGCAGGUGUUAGUGUCCACGACACUCUUGAGUUUCUUCUCCAACUCUGUGAAGUUUGUCGGAUGACCAAUCGCGAUAUUAAAGAAGCUGCUGCUAGAGAAGUGCGGGAGAAAGGAGAUGCACAUUUGUACUCCUCCGGUGUAACAUUUCGCAAAGGGCUCGUGCUCAUUCAAGGCAUCAUCCGCAGUUUUCUUAAACGUCGAGUGCGGAAGGCUCCACGACUCAAUACGACGCCAACCCAUGGCAAGGAGCUAUCAAUGACUGAAGGUACUCGAUUUCUCAAAGAGUUAGCCGACGGUCGAGUGUACAACGGUAUCAUCCGAAGUGUGCAGAAGAACAUCUACGUUCUGGGAUAUGAGGAAGAGGCUGAGGCUCAAGACAAAGUCAAUGGUAUCGAGAUGAAGAUCAUUCUGGAAGAGUCUCAGCGUCUCAGUGGAGCUCGUGAAGGACUUGGACGCAGAGAGCGUGAAGAUGUUGAUAUCUCACUAACCGACCUACCCGACUUGACUGAUAGCUCUCAAGCGCCCGGGGUGAUGAAACGUGUUUCGUCUCGAGACUCUGGAGAAGCUCUGCUCGUUCCGAAAACGAGCAAGUUGAACAUGUUGAAGCGGUCUCACACCCAAACACAGUUCAACACGGAAAUGGGACUGUUUAGUGUUCCAUCGAGUGAUUCCAUUCUAAGCACAAAAUCCUCGAGUCGGGGUUCAUUCACCGAUGAAGCAAAGGUUAAUCCAAGCGGUAACCAAGCAGAGUUGAGAGAACUUCGAAGACAAACUUCAAAAACCAAUGACUGGCAGAACUCUCUUAAGAAAAUCCUGGCUGAGGGUAGAGACAACUCUUCCCUCGGCCCCGAAGUCGACGGUGAUACCAGAUCGCAACUUGGGACGCCACAAAAGAACGCUUUAGACACUCAGGACCGAAGUACAGCUCACGUUCCCAGCCUCCCGAAGCUUGGUAUCCCGGGUACCAAGCCAUUAGCCCCGCUAAUCAAGCGAGGGUCUAACGGUUCAAACCCUUCAACAGAGACCAAGUCCAUACCAAAAGACCAGGUGCGUUCUUCUCCAUCUCAAGCCAGUGUCGCCCCCCAAGCAGCACGCGCAUCAUUGCAACGAGGCAAUACCUCGUCCAAUCUUCAGCGUUCUGUUGCAGCUCCAGUCAAUGCGAGUGUUCUCUCUCCGUCUCCUUCAGUGCCUGAAGGCGUGGUGGACUCUGCAUUUGCUGGCACAUACCAGACGACAGACCAGCGUACACAAGAGAAGCAAGCUCUGAUCCGAGACAUUGUCAUGCGUAUCGACAGUUACAUGAAGCGCAAGCGACUGCGAGUGAUCGAUCUCUUCCGCUUCUGCGAUGCUGACGGCAACGGCAGUAUCUCACCCGAAGAAAUGAUCGAGACGCUCUCGCAGAUGGAAAUCCAACUCACACCCGAUCAAGCACGCGCGUUCCUUCAGCAUAUCGACAAGGACGGCAAUGGAUCGAUCGAUGUCGACGAGUUUGAAGAGCUGGUCCGUGUCUCCCGUCGCAACGAAGCUCAACGUGAACAACUCAAGAAAGAGCUCAAUGGUUCUCGAAAACAGUCAGAUAAUAAAACAUCCCAGAGACACAACGGCGUCGUGAAAGCCAAGGCAAAGCAGGCCAUUCUCGACGAGUUCAAAGCUGUACAGGAGCAAGACGGCGACGGGAUGACUGCCAACCAGUUACGCUCACUCAUCGCACGUCUGUCACUUCCUGGAAUCAACGACGCCUUCAUCAACUCACUCGUGGACCGGGUAGUCGAGAUUGCUGGAGCUUCAACGGCGAUUUCUCCUCCUACGAGCUCUCAAUCACAGACUCGCAGCUCAAACAAAAGCACCAUAUCGUACCAUCAUCUUACCAAGGCACUGGACGAACUUGAGUGGACCAAGAAGUCCAACCGCUUUCUUGAUCCGUCUUGGAUCCGGCAAUUUGACUCCCAACUUGAACGAGCUAUCCGCGAGUACGAGCUGCUGUGAUCUGACAACACAGAGUGAGUGCUACACAACGGUAAACCAGUCUGCUACAUUAUCAUAGAUGCCGUAAAAGUCAAGACUUGUAGGGUGGAUCAAACUCGAAACCUCGUAAUAUCUAACUACGCUUCCGGUGCGUUCGGUGCUUCUGGCAGAACGCUUGCAACUGUCCCC